AUGGCAUAUCAACCAUCAAGGAGACUCCUCCAUCUCUACAAACCAGUUCUGCAGUCUUAUCACUCCCGACGAUAUGCUGCAAGCAGCUCAACCAGUCUCUACACUCAGCAACCAUGUCGCAUGACACCGUACAACCUCUAUCGACCCUUCAGCAUCUACCCCCCACGAUGCAAUCCAACCGCCACGGUACGCAUUGACAGUCUGGGCGGGGAGUCCAUAGACACGUGCACGCUGCAGUCAUUCCACUGCAAAGUAAGAGACUAUGUGGAACGGCACGGCGUGCUGGCCGUUAUCGAGACCGAGAAGGUUGGAAUGGACGUAGAAGCUCCCGAGAGUGGCGUUAUACGACAUCUCUUUGUGAAAGAGGGGGAUGUCGUUACUAUUGGGCAGGCUAUUGCUGAGAUUGCUAUUCAAGCUAAGAAGGGAUAA